UUCCUCCUCCGCCAUCUUGAGAUCAACGCGUCGUUGAAUUCAAGCUGCUCCUGCUCGCCAUUUUUACUCCUCUUUUGAAAAUGAGUGACCAGCUCUGUAAGCUAUUCGUCGGCGGCCUGAACGUGGACACCGACGACGAUGGCCUCCGCAAGCACUUCGAGCAAUACGGGGCCCUGACCGACUGCGUGGUCGUCGUGAACAAGCAGCUGCAGCGCUCCCGCUGUUUCGGCUUUGUUACCUACUCCACGCCGGAGGAGGCCGACGCCGCCAUGGCUGCUAGGCCGCACACCGUUGACGGCAACUCGGUGGAGGUAAAGCGAGCAGUGGCCAGAGAAGACGCAAACAAGCCCGAAGCUUUGGCUAAAGUGAAGAAAAUCUUCAUCGGGGGGCUGAAAGACGACAUCGAAGAGCAGCAUUUGACCGACUACUUUUCGCAGUACGGCCAGGUGGAGAAAUCUGAAGUCAUCUCCGAGAAGGAGACUGGGAAGAAAAGGGGCUUCGGAUUCGUGUACUUCACCGACCAUGACUCGGCAGAUAAGGCCGUGGUGGUGAAGUUUCACACCGUUAAUGGACACAAAGUGGAGGUGAAGAAAGCCCUGACUAAACAAGAGAUGCAGGCUGCGAGCAGGAACACAAUGGCGCCUCGGGGCAGACCGGGCCGAGGCAUGAGAGGAAAUCAAAAUGGCUACGGAGGCAGGGAAUAUGGCGGAAGCUACAACUACGGAAAUGGCGGCGGUGGCGGCUACAACUGUGGCGGCUACGGAGGGUACGGUGGACCGUACGGAGGCGGUUAUGGCGACCAGGGAAGCGGCUACGGUGGCGGCAACGGCUACAACGACUUUGGCAGCGGCUACGGCCAGCAGUCCUCUGGUUACGGUCCCAUGAAGGGGCCGCCUUUCGGGGGCCAGCGGAGCGCGGCUCCCUACGCCAGAGGCGGCGGUGGCGGCGGAUACCCCAGGGGGGGCUACGGCGGUGGCGGCUACUGAAAGGCGACACCCUGAAACACCCUCACCCUCUCCUCCCCGCCACUCGUUACUCCCAGGCAUUUGGACGCAAAACUCAGUCACUAGUGGGGCGUCUGCCGUGAAUCCCAUCCAUGGCAGAGCCGCAGAGACACCCCUCCCCCACCUGAACCCCCCAAACAGGUUGCCUCUGUAACCUGGCCUGUAGGGCUUCACCUGGAAGCUGACAGGGAACCGAGGAGGGCUCAACCUUCUUCCCCUUCAGGUGACAUUACUGCAGAAAAAUAUUGACCACCUACGUUGGCUCCUUUUAGGCUGAAUAUUUAUCACAAAGACACUAAAUGGAUGAAAAAUGAAUCUUUUAAGCAGGGUUUUGUGUAACUUACAUGGGUGAGUUAUUAAAUAAUGGUUAGCUUGAAAUCGUAAAGCAUUGUAUGGGAGUGUUCUUGUGAAACCGUUCAUUUAAAUCUGAAUACAUAAUUCAUCCUAAAACUGUUCCUACAGUGGAUCCAGCAGGGUGUCUGGAUUUAGAAACCAAACUGUUUUACCGACUUGUAUUCUCUUACUUGUAGGUUUUUUUGCUUGCCGGUUUCAGAUCAUCUGAGGAUGAGGAGCUUCUGUAUUGAUGGCUGUACAUAUUUUUAUGAAUGCACAAUAAAUAUUUAUUUUGAUAUA